UUCGCCACCCCACCACCCAACCACACCUUGGCCACAGCUACGCGCGCCCCGCCCUUACUCAUCACCUUCUACCCAUCUCACCUUCUCAACCAUCUACUCUUUGUUGGUGUGUGGACCGGGCAAGACAGCAAGCAGGACGUGUUUGGUACGCUCUCUGUGAGUAAGGUUCAUCAGCCACACGCUUCAUCUGGUGCGGAAAGGGCCCUGGUGUUUCCGGCGGACGUCGGAAAGACAACAUUCUGAUAACCUCCCGCACGAGAAUAUCAUAUAUCCGAACAUGGCUGAUACUUCAACGCACACCACGACAUCUUCUUCGAUAGAAGACGCAGUGUCUGCACAAGAUAUACAAAGACUUUCCGAGUCGCAACAGCCCCCCUCGCUAUCUCCGAGCCAGCCAACUGCGGAGUCCCUUUCAACACAAUCGGCUCCUUCAUUGGCCUCUCCUGGUUCAACAUCAGUUCCUGCUGCGCCUACCACUCCUGGACAAGGAAACGGGAUGGGACUUCCCCCUCUGUUUGAUAACAUGAACUCUGCUCUGUUUAUGAGAGCUGCCCAAGCCAUUCAAGGAUUGGCCGCCCAGGCAUUCACUUCCCAGCCCUCCGGAAACACCACCCCGCACAUUCCGGUGCCCCACCCUCCUCUAACUAGUCCUGCUCCACAAGUGGAUACCAAUGCCGCCACAAUAGAUAAAGGCAAAGAAACUCCGCGACAUGAAGGUGCACCAAGCAGUGAAUCAUCUCCGACUGCCAAUCCUCUGACAUCUGUUCACGACGAGGCUACUCGCAUGCUUCUUGCACCAUUUGCCAAUAACCCCGCGGCUGCAGCCAACAGCCUAUUACUGUUGAGCAGUACCGCUGCUGCUGCCAACGGAGGGAAACCCCCAGAGAACGCACCCGCACCACCAAAUGGUGCUGCCGCCGCGGCGCAAUUGGCGGCAUUAUACCCACAAUUGGCUGCAGCUGCAGCUCUGGACCCUUUUGCAGCCGUCAUGGCCCGUGCCCAUUUGGCACUCGCUGGUGCGGCUGGCUUCCCACAUUUCCCUUAUCCUCUUCCAACGCAGCUCCUACAUGACGCGGCCAUGGCUGCAGCUGCAGCUGCAUCCGACGCAGCGAAACACAAUGAAAACAAUAACUUACAUUCGCCAAAUUCGCCUAAUCAUGGCUCCAAUCAAUCAGACCCUGCAAUGGCGGCUCUACAAAAUGUAACUCCCGGAAAAGAUGGAAAAUUUAUAUGUGAGAUGUGCGAUCGUAGUUUUAGCAGGAUGUACAACCUAAAAUCCCACAUACGGACACAUCAGAACCACCGACCUUACAUUUGCAAUACUUGUGACUUGCGUUUCACCAGAAAUCAUGACUUGAACCGACAUUUGAAAACGCAUUCAAAGGAGAAACCCCAUAUUUGUGACUGCUGUGGCCGUAAAUUCGCCAGACGAGAUGCUUUGAGACGACACGAAAGAAUGGAUGCGGAAGGCAAAAAAGUCCAUUGCGUUGUCAGUGGCGGGUCGCAAGAUUCACAAGCCAAUGCCGCCGCUCAUGCGGCCGCCGUCGCCCAAAUGCUUCAGAACGGUCCCGUUCAAGAGGCGUUGCAUGCUGCGUUAGUGGCUGCUCAAGGCGGAGGGUCGUCUGGACAGUCACCUUCGGCGCAAGCGCAGGUCCAGGCCGCAGCACAGGCAGCUAUUGCUGCCGCUCAAGCUCAAGCUCAUGCUCAAGCUCAGGCGCAAAUGGUGCACGCGGCCGGGUCGUCGGCUAACAGGUCUUGAGCAAGUCGGGGGCAUUUUACUAGCUAAUAGGCGACUACUGCUGCUUGUGGUGGAUGAAAUGAAGUCAUUGUAUAUAAUGUCCGUUACAGAAUAUUUGUCAUCAUUUUUUUUUUUGCCUGA